AUGUCGACCUUCGAGCCCGUGAUUGUAAUCGACGGCAAGGGCCACCUCCUCGGUCGUCUGGCCUCGACUGUCGCCAAGCAGCUCCUCAAUGGCCAGAAGAUUGUCGUCGUCCGCUGCGAGGCCCUCAACAUCUCCGGCGAGUUCUUCCGCGCUAAGCUGAAGUACCAGGCCUUCCUCCGCAAGCAGACCCGUUACAACGCAAUGCGUGGUGGACCAUGGCACUACCGCGCACCCGCCAAGAUGUUCUGGCGCACAGUGCGUGGCAUGAUCCCUCACAAGACCGAGCGCGGCGCAAAGGCUCUCGAGCGCCUGAAGACCUUCGAGGGUGUCCCACCACCAUACGACCACAAGAAGCGCAUGGUCGUCCCACAGGCUCUCCGUGUGCUCCGCCUCAAGCCAGGCCGCAAGUACUGCACCGUUGGUCGUCUGGGUCACGAGUUCGGCUGGAAGUACCAGGAUGUCGUUGCACGUCUCGAGGAGAGGAGAAAGGUCAAGGGCCAGGCAUACUACGAGAAGAAGCGGGCUGCACGCAAGAGCUUGGCCGAGGCAAAGGAGAAGGCUGCUAUUCCAGACAACGUCAAGCAGCAGCUCGAGUCGUUCGGUUACUAG